AAGCUGCCAAAAUUUCAAUUUUCUUCCAAAAUUGAGAACCUGGUCUUAAAAUUCUCGAAAGAACUCUCACCCAAGUCGGGAAAAAGAGUGGGAGGAAAUGUCGGGAACUGCUAACCUUAUCUCCUGCAACUCCUCUUCUGUUCCUCCUCUCAAACCCUCGAAACGAACUCAAACCCUUAUAAGAUCUCAAAACCUAGGUGUUCAGACAAAACCCAGUUCCGAAUUCCGCGGAACAGUUUCAAAGCUCUCAGCUUUUCGUACACCCGACAAGAUUUCUCCGCGUGAUAGGCAUUUCCCGCUGUACAAUCGAAAGGGUUCCUCCCAGGUGUGCAAGAGCUCAUUGAACGACCCAGAUUCGGAGGAAAGUGGGACUGUAAGCGAAGAGAGAGAUUGGACAAGCUCCGUAUUGCUUCUGGUUCUGUGGGGUGCUCUUCUGUACUAUGCCUUCAAUCUUUCUCCUAACCAGACACCGACACAAGACCUGUACUUUCUGAAAAAGCUUCUGAAUUUGAAAGGGGAUGAUGGUUUCAGAAUGAACCAGAUUCUCACGUCUCUAUGGUACAUCAUGGGUCUAUGGCCUUUGGUAUACGCCAUGCUUUUGCUCCCUACCGGUUCAAGUUCUAAAAACAAAAUCCCCGCCUGGCCAUUUGUUGUGGCCUCGGUCUUCGGCGGCGUGUACGUUUUGCUACCUUACUUUGCUUUAUGGAGCCCUCCUCCUCCUCGUGUCUCGGAGGCUGAACUGAGAAGAUGGCCUUUGAAUCUUCUGGAGUCAAAACUAACUUCCGGGAUAGCUUUCCUCUCGGGACUGGCCUUGAUUCUCUACGCGGUCGUCUUGAACGGAACCGACUGGACAGAGUUCUACCAGUACUUUCGGGAAAGCAAAUUCAUUCACGUCAUGAGCCUUGAUUUCUGUUUACUAUCUGCAUUCGCUCCGUUCUGGGUUUACAAUGAUAUGACUGCUCGGAAAUGGUACGAGAAAGGCUGGUGGCUUCUGCCGGUAUCUGUGGUUCCAUUCCUGGGUCCAUCUCUUUACCUUUUCCUCCGGCCGUCGCUGUCUGAGAUACCGGUUUCGACAAAUCCUGAAUCAUCCGAGCCAAGACAAUGACGUUAUCCGCUGGCUGGCCAUGAAUGAAUUGAUCUCGAGCUUUUGGACAGAUUCAAGUCAGUUUCUCUUCUCAGACAGACGCCAGUAGCUGAUGCAAGAAGGCUCGUAUUCAUAUGUCAAUGAAGCAUGUUGCUUCAGAACUCUGUACGGAUGGUAAAAGGAAAAUGCGAGAGACUGACUGUGGAUUCGGAAUCAGAUUCAUCUGCUUUUUUGUUUUCAUUUGUUCUGUCAGUAA